AUGGCCGACAACACUGCCCCUCCUCCCGCCGAGGCGAACCCCCCGCCAUUGGACGCUGAGGAGAACGCUCAGGCUUCGUCGGGUCAGAAUGUCAACCCCUGGUCCGUGUCGGGAGAGGUUGGAGAGGAUGGAAAGGUCAAGGCCAUUGACUACGGGAAGCUGACCAGCGAGUUUGGCACCACUCUCAUCGACGAUGCCCUGCUGGACCGCUUCGAGAAGGUCACCGGCCACAAGCCUCAUCGGUUCAUGCGCCGUCAGAUCGUCUUCAGCCAUCGUGAUCUCUCCGUCAUUCUCGACCGCUACGAAAAGAACGAACCCUUCUUCCUCUACACGGGCCGUGGUCCUAGCAGUGACAGCAUGCACGUUGGACACACCCAAGUCUUUGACUUUGUCAAGUGGUUGCAGGAUGUUCUCGAUGUGCCCCUGAUCAUCAUGCUGACGGAUGAUGAAAAGUACCUGUUUUCUGAGAAGCGAACCAUUGAGGAGGUUCAGGGCUACACCAGGACCAACGCCAUGGAUAUCAUCGCCAUCGGCUUUGACCCCAAGAAGACCUUCAUCUUCUCCGACUUUGACUACGUCGGCGGUGCCUUUUACCGCAACAUCGUACGGUUCGCCAAGCGCGUCACUUACAACACGGCCAAGGCCAUCUUCGGAUUCGACGGAAGUUCCAACAUUGGCAAGAUCCACUUUGCGAGCAUCCAGGGUGCGACGGCCUUUGCCACAUCGUUCCCCCACAUCUUCGGUGCGGAUGAGAAGCGCGUGGCCGAGAUUCCUUGCCUCAUCCCCUGCGCCAUCGACCAGGACCCUUACUUCCGCCUCACUCGCGACUGUGCGGCCGGCCUCCACUACGCCAAGCCUGCUCUCAUCCACAUGCGCUUCCUCGAUGCCCUCCAGGGCCCUGGCUCGAAGAUGUCGGCCAGUGACGCUACGUCGGCCGUCUUCCUAUCCGACUCGGCGAAGCAGGUCAAGACCAAGAUCAACAAGUAUGCUUUCUCAGGUGGCAAGGAGACUGUGGAGGAGCACCGGGAGAAGGGCGGGGACCCAGAUGUCGACGUUUCCUUCCAGUACCUGCAGUUCUUCAUGGACGAUGACGAGGAACUGUCCAAGAUCAGGGCGGGCUACAAGAGCGGAAAGCUCCUAACGGGUGAGCUCAAGGCCAUCUGCAUCAGGUACGUGCAGGACUACGUCACAGGGUUCCAGGAGAGGAGGUCCAAGGUGACGGAGGCGACGGUGAGCGAGUUCAUGAGCGCGAGACCGCUCGAGUGGAAGGGCAACGCCAAGGUACCGCGGGCCGACCUGGUGGUGCCGGUGUCGAAGCAGGACGGCGCAGCCGAGGGCGCCAAGGGUGCAGAGGGUGAAGGCGAGGUGUCGAAGAACACGCUCAAGAAGCUGGCCAAGCAGCAGCAGAUUGCGCAGAAGAAGGCAGAGAAGGAGGCGGCAAAGGCGGCCAAGGGUGCCGAGGUUUCGUAG